AUGAAGAAGCUAUUUGAAGAUAUUAAAAAGGACAUAAAAUUUAAAUCUGCAGGACCCGGGAAGAAGUUAACCGAAGAAACAAGUAAGCCAGUCGCGGCACCGAGCAGCUCCAAGCAGAGCAGGCAUGCUCCCAGCGAAGGGGCACAGAUGGCAGGGGCCGCGGCCCUGGCCCGGAUCGAGCAGAAGCCUCGGCCUAAAGUGCACACCUCCCAGGAUGCCAUCAGGAACCAGGUGAAAAGAGAACUUGAGGCUGAGGCAGCGGCUCUGGUAGAGAAGGAAACCACUCUCCCAGCCGAGGGAUCCAAAGUGAAAGAUCCGGCUUGCCUCUCUGUGUCCGGCGUCUACUUCACCUGCCCUCUCACUGGAGCCACGUUAACCAAGAGUCAGAGGGAAGUCCACAUUAAAGAGGCCAUUCUGAUGCGCUUUGAGGAGGAUGAUAUCGAGGCUUCUGUUAUGAUGAUCCACACAUUUAACAAAGAUAGAGAGAAAGUGAAGGCAGCUGUGGACAUCAUCAGCAAAUAUGUUGAUAAUAUAUGUAAGAAUCCAUCAGAGGAGAAGUACAGGAAGAUCAAAGUCAGCAAUAAGGUCUUCCAGGAGAAAGUGCGUCCUGUGGAGGGAAGUCGGGAGUUUUUGCAGGCUUUGGGCUUCAUAAGUGUUAUGCUUCCUGUAGACGGCCAAGAGGAGGAAGAGGAGUUUCUGGUCUUACCGGAGCAAAGUGGUGACGCCCUGGAGCUGAUGAAGGAGCGGAGAGAUCGUCUUCAGAGAGGAGAGCCAGUCAGAGCCAAACUGGACCGGCAGCCUCAGGCUUUCCGACCGUCUCCCAACGCACAGCGCUUCGAGCUGCCGUCCGAUUUCUACAACCUGACCGCAGAGGAGCUAAAGAAGGAGCAGCAGCAGAGAAGUGAGUUGGUGGAGAGGAACGCCAUGCUUCGCACAAAAGCUAUGAGGGAGAAGGAGGAACAGAGGGAGAGAAGGAAAUACAACUAUACCCUGCUCCGAAUCAGACUGCCUGAUGGGAACCUGCUGCAGGCUACAUUUUAUGCCUGGGACCGCCUGCCUGCACUCUUUGAAUUCGUCCGGGAGUCGCUGGUGGACGGCUGGCAGCCGUUUGAGCUCAUCGCCCCCGGAGGUCAAAAGCUGCAAGAGUCUGAGGAAGUUUCUCUGGUAGACUCUAACCUGGUCCCCGCUGCCCUGCUGACGUUUGCCUGGGAUGCGGCCGUGCAGGCUGACAUUGCAGCUGCGGGUGGAAAGAGCCCCACCCUCCUCAAACCGGAGCUUCUGGAGAAAAUUCAAACCCUGAGCUGAGCAGAGAAGGCGCAGUCUGCCCACAAACUGUCCCCUACUACCUCCCCCUGUCCCUCACUCGCUGCUGAAGUGAAAUUGCCUCUGGAGUAGUGCUGUAUUUAUUUUUACACAUUCUACUUAAAGUUAAAAGGAGAAGCUGGGGGGAACCUUCCAUUGUUGAGCUUCCCCCCUCCUCUCUCCAUGUGAGGACGCAGCCCCGUCCCACAUGCCUCAGCGGGAGGCGUGUUUGUUUGGAUCUCCAUCAGAUGGAGAACAUGUUUCAUGUCUGCGUGGUUCAAUGGAAGUCUUAAAGCGAUUGCUUUCUUCUGUCAGUGUUGAAGGUGAGCUCCGUGUUUGCUGUGUUUAUCGAUGGCCGUCUGCUCCCGUUACUGUUGUUCUGUAGCUGCAAUGGCAGCAGGGACCACCAGACAUCCUUUCUGCAUAAUAACUGGAUAAAGGCUGAGAGUUAAACAGCAUCAUGAUUAAUAAGUUGAUUUAAUUCAGUAAUUUUGUUCAGUUCUGUUCUUUAAAGCUUACAGUUUUAAAAAAAAUUGUAAAUUCAGUAAAUAACUUUAUUAUAGAAGUUAUGUUGUUCAGUAAUUAACUCAGUAGUGGCCGACAUGCCAUCCAGGGAGGCAUGUAGAGGAUCAGCUUAUGGCUCUGCUGAUGUGUUCAGGAACUCUCUUUAAUAAAGCUUGUCAGUGUCGGCCAUGGGCGCUCUUAUCCAAUACGCUUGGCUGAUCAGGCAGAUGCUAAAUACUAACAAAUGAAAUCAGCAUCUCAUGUGGUAAAGGUUGUCUAAAGAGGGAAGCAUGUAGCUGAUGAAUUCUUUAAAACUUUUCUCCAGGAUCGGCUGCACUCACUUUGACCUUGAUUAAAACAUGGUGGACCGACACCAGACGCCGCGGCUCCUGAAAUCAUCCCCAUGGAAACUUUACCUUAAGCAUCAUAGACUUCCAAAUAAAACUCAGUAGUAUUUUAUACCUGGAGGUGAUAUUAGACCACUGAUCUGCAGUUAUUUUUAUUUUAUUGGUCUAUAAAAUGCUUUUUAAAGUUGUGGCUCAUGUACUGAACCAGUCUGUGCGAUGACUGGAGACACCGGCUUCAGCUUCUCUCCCUGUAGGAAUCUCCCCAAACUAAUCAGCUCUCUAUUCAGGAUAACUGGUAUAUUUCUCUGAAAAUGAAUUUUGAGUUAAUAAUCAUCAAACUUGACAGAAAUGUCUGAAUCUAUCAACAUGAAUUAAUUUGCUCCGGCAGAAUUAAGAUUUCUGAAUUGAUGAUUUUCUAAUCGAUUGAGAUGUACUUAGAUUAAAGCACUUUGAAAGGUUAAUUAAAGCUUAAAUACUGGUUUAAUAUUUAAUAAUUCUGUAAAUUUGAAAUUAAUCUGAGGAUUUUGGCCACUAAGGUGAUCCAUUUGGUUGCUUAAUAGAGAUUUAUAAUAAAGCUAAAAUCUUUCUGGCAUCAGCCUGGUGUCUGAAUUACAUUUCUGCAAAAAUUCCUUUUUUUCUCAAAUGUUUUUCACAGCUUUGGGAUUUUAAUCUGAAGUCUCUGUUUGUCCAACAGGUUUUUAUUUAUUGAAAUGAAAAGUUUUUUUUUUUUAUCGCGUUUCAAGCGUGCAGCUGCAGCAGUCAUGUUAGCAACCCAUUCGCUAGGAAGUUCCUUAUUAAUGUUCCUUAUUUCAUCGGUUAAAAUCCUGUUGACCUUUCCUGUUGGUCUGUCUGACCACCAGGAAAGGUCACAUGGUGACGUAUUAAUAAGUAAACGACGGUUACUGAAAAGCUUAAAUACGGUUUCAUGAAAAGACAAACAAAUCCCAUGUGAUUCAAUGAUUUCCACCUCAUUAUUUGCAUGCAAAUAUGUAUUUUUUUUUUUCUGCUGCUUUUUCCCCCCUCAAUAUGAAUUUAUACCAAGUAUGAUUUUAACAUUUUAUUCUUUAAUAAAUCUGAUACAGCUGCUAGUUAAAGAAGGAAGACUUUCUGUCUAAAUCCUAACAAGAAGGAAAUGUUUCAUGCACCCCUUCAGUUUGAAUGAAUCUGAAUCCAGUUCAAGGGUUUAAAUGUUUGAUUAGCUUUAUGUUUAAUGAAAUGUUGAGCUGCCAUUUAAAUGUCACGCUUUGAGUUGUUGCUUUUGAACCUGCCUGUGGUAAAGAGAGAAAACCCUCUUCCUCCUCGCUGCAUAUUUUGUUUAAUGAAAUAAAAAGAUUUGAUAAGUCUAUGCAGUCUCUUAUGAUGUUUUAGCGU